GUAGCUGGACGCGGGCGUUUCUUUCCUCCUUGUUUUUUCGAAUUGGUUUUGAGGGGUGAUUCGAGCUACAAAAUGGCGGCCUGGAGCCUGUUCGCCCGUGUUACCCCAGCUGUCUCUGUCUAAGCCGACAGCUCUUCCCCUCACUCCCGAGCACCGAGAGACGAGGCCCCCGGGGGACCUGGUGUUUCAGAGGCCGGCUUAGCUGAUCACGAAGUUCUUCGAGGCUCUCAGCGCACCAGAGCGACCAAGAGCGCUCGGCCGGGCGACCAGCCACCGCCGCGACCGCGACCGCGACCUGGAAGCCGCCGGCCUGCGCCACGCCUGUAGUGCAGCAAGCGCCACGGCGGCCGCCCGGGAGGUUCAAAAAAAUGGCAAAAAGAAUUGCUGAAAAGGAAUUGACAGAUAGGAAUUGGGAUCAAGAAGAUGAAGCAGAAGAGCCUACAGGGUGAAGGAAGGGUUGAAGUAUUAGAGCCGAAGGUCGUCAGCAGGUUUCUCGCUGUAGAUGUAAUACAGCGUGCGGAGGAAGAGCAGGAGUUUCCCAGUGCGGUCGCUCAGAGCCCUGGGUGUCUCUGUGGCCUUUUGGACAGUGAACAAGUGGGAACAUUCUCCGUGGCCAGUGAGGAAGUCUUGAAGAAUAGAGCCAUAAAAAAAGCAAAGCGAAGAAACGUUGGAUUUGAAUCUGAUAGUGGAGGGGCCUUUAAAGGUUUUAAAGGUUUGGUUGUACCAUCUGGAGGAGGAGGGUUUUCGGGAUUUGGUAAUGGCGCUGGAGUGAAGCCUUUAGAAGGACUAUCAAACGGAAAUAGCAUAACUAGUGCCCCUUCCUUUACCAGUACAAAGACAGCAGCAGAGACCAAGGCAGCCUUUGGUUCUGUUACUGCAAAUGGCCCGACCUCCUUGGUUGAGAAAAAGAUUUCAAAUCCCAAAACUAAUGGCGACAGUCAACAGCCCUCCAGCUCUGCUUUUGCUUCCGGUAAAGCCUACUCGGGAAAUGCCUAUCACAAGCAGUUAGCCGCACUGAACUGCUCCGUUCGUGAUUGGAUAGUGAAGCACGUGAACACAAACCCACUCUGUGAUCUGACACCUAUCUUUAAAGACUAUGAGAAAUAUUUAGCAAAUAUUGAACAGCAACAUGGGAACAGUGGCAGUAGUCUUUCUGAAAGUGAAACUAACAAGAUGUUGGUUGAAACACAGUCUCCUUCCGUAUAUGGUUCAACAAAAUUACAGCAAGAAUCAGCAUUUUUGUUUCAUGGCAACAAAACUGAGGAAACAUCUGAAAAGAAGAUGGAGGCUGCAUCUGAAAAGAAAGUGGACCCAUCACUAGGAGCAGCAAGUGCCUCAUUUAAUUUUGGCAAGAAAAUUGAUAGCUCUGUUUUGGGCUCGCUAAGCUCUGGCUCCCUGACUGGAUUUUCAUUUUCCCAUGGAAACACCAGUUUAUUUGGCAAAGAUGUUACCCAGAAUACACCAGUUUCUUUGUCAUUUUCCACUAAAACAGAGAACCAAGAAGAAGGUGGUAGUAAUGAAUGCAAAGGUGGAGGUGAAGAAGAGACUGAUGAACCACCCAAAGUAGUAGUUACUGAAGUAAAAGAAGAUGAUGCUUUUUACUCCAAAAAGUGUAAACUAUUCUACAAGAAAGAUAGUGAAUUUAAAGAGAAAGGUGUAGGUACUCUGCAUUUAAAACCUACGGCCAAUCAGAAGACACAGCUUUUAGUGCGGGCGGACACCAACUUAGGCAACAUAUUGCUGAAUGUUCUGGUUUCACCCAAUAUGCCAUGCACCCGGACAGGGAAAAACAACGUACUUAUUGUCUGUGUCCCCAAUCCACCAAUCGAUGAGAAGAAUGCCACCGCCCCAGUUACCAUGUUAAUCCGGGUGAAGACCGGCGAGGAUGCAGACGAGUUGCACAAAAUUUUACUGGAGAAAAAGGAAGUCUGAAAACAUGAAGUCUUCUAAGGAAUCAUUGCCAAGUUGCUGCUCCCCCCACCGUCCCCUUCAACUUUAGUCAGUUUUUUCUUCUCUUCUACUUUGACAUUCUAAGAACUUAUAGGUAACUUAAAAAGUUUUGUGAGGAAAAUUAAUAUGGCCAAUAAAACCUUUAAAUGUUAAGUGUCAAAAAACUGUAUCCUCCCUUCUUAAGAACUCUACUGUGAAAAAUACAUUUGAGUGAAAUUUUUUGCAAGAUU